AUGAAGAUCGCUUCUACCUCCCUCUUUUCACUUUUGCCUGCUUUGGUCCAGGCUGGGGUCAUUGACCGACGCCAAACCGGGGACGGACCUGGUGGCUCAGCCGACAGUACCCAGGGUGACCUGGGUGAACGCCCUCCUCCGCGUUUUCCAUUCCCAGUCACCAAGUUCCCUGUAGCCAAGGAAACCGUCGUCUUGGAACAGACAAUGUACAUUCUUCCUGGCCAGGUGUUUGACGGUGGUAUGAAGCGAUAUGAGCGUGUUGAGGGCAGCUGCAACGAACAAGCAGGCAAGUCAACACCUGACAAGGAGGGCACGGAUGCUGAUGCUGUCUUCAACCUCCUGCCGGGCUCGACCAUUCGCAACGUCAUUAUCGGCAAGCAUCAAGCCGAAGGUAUCCAUGCACUAGGUGACGCUUGGGUUGAGAACGUUUGGUGGGAAGACGUCUGCGAAGAUGCUCUUACAUCCAAGGGCCUUAACACACAACUACGAGUCAUCGGCGGUGGAGCUCGGAACGCAACAGAUAAGUACAAUAUCACCGGUUUCUACGCUGAGGGUUUUGGGUCCUGUGGCAACUGUCUCAAUCAAGCAAAGAGAAAUGCGACAAUCCAAAACGUCGUCGCCGUGAAUGGCAUCAGGAUGGGCAUCAUCAAUCCAAACUACGGCGACGAGUUCCGUCUCAAGAAUGCACAGCUUCAAGACCUGGAAGUCAUCGUGGACAAGGAAAUUGCCAACAAUGUCCAGACAGUUCCUUACACCAUCGGCAAUGGUCCAGACCUCAAGUACGCCUUGUACAAUGAGACUAGAGACGCGAUCACGGAAUAUGACGGAGAGGUCUUGAAUGCUUACGAGCCUGAAGAACCUUAUGAGUGGCUCGAGGAUUUCUGGCCCGAGGGCUUUAACUAG